GAUAGAUUAAUGCUAUUCUAUUUAUUUAAAGUAUUUCGCAAAACGUACAUUUGUUUUCUUAAGAAGUAACAUUACGUUAAAAUUUAAAUAUAACCUAGUCGGAACUACUCGGUCAGAAGUUCAAUCAAUUAAAAGAAACUCUUAAUUAUUUUAGUUUUGAUGGUUGCUUACAAGGAGCGUUUAGUGCCAUAGUAACGUUUAAGAAUAACAACCGAAAUAUUCCAACUAUAAACAUGCUUGAUUCUAUUUGGAUAUUAUUUUCAUAAAAUAUAUUUAAUCGAAUUACAUCGUCUAUUGGUUUUAACUUCAAGAGCAAAUAUUUUAAUGAACAGAAUACCUUUAAAAUUUUGUCAGUUUAAAUCGACACUUGAUUACUUAAGGAUAUUGAAAGUGGGACAUUUACAAUAUAUUUGUUUUAUUUGAAGUGGGUAUCGUUUUUGUCGUAUAUAAAGCAAUACACCUGCUUUACCAGUAUGACAGUGUCACUUAAUCUUUUGUGAGAAAGUACAAUAAGAAGACACUGAUUUCGAUAUGACAUCUUUCGUUAAAACUUUAAGAACUUUUUGUAAACCGAAGGGAACACCGUUCUUUGGAUUCAAGAAGGAGGUGUACUCAAUGUCAAGCGUUGUCUCGAAUUCGGAUAUUCCGAACAAUUGUCAUAAAUCGAACACAUAUGAUGUAAAGCUGACUGACUGCAACGGACCGGAAGUGCUUUCACUAAAGGAAGUGAAACGAGGCCGGUUACACAUGUACUUUCAUCAAAUUAGUCGGAAAUAUGGUUCAAUAACAAAAUUUAAACUUUUGAGAAAAAAUAUUUACGUGCUGAAUUCAUUUGAUUCGGUGGAGAAGUUGUUGCGUGUGAACGAACAUGCGAACGGACGAUCCAGUCCUUUCUUCCAGAACUAUGUGUUGCUAAAUAAAGGAUUUUCGUUCAGUGAUUUCACAAAGAUUGGCGAAAAACAAAAAGGAAUUUUAAAAAGUUGGUUACAUUAUGAAAUUAUUCAUUCAACAAGCAUUGUACUUGACGAGAUAAACAGUUUCAAUUCCUCUCUGUUAAAUCAAAAUGGAAACCUUAACACUGACUUGUUUAUUAGACAAUUCCUUAGCAACGUUUUUAGCAAACAGCUGAUUGGCGAAACUGUGCCAGCAGACGACCCAGACUCCCAGUUGCUAUGGGAACUGAUAGACCAUUUGUACACCCUACUGGAACCAAGCAUAGACGCACCGUUGAGGCUGCUACCAUUUCUGAGAUUUCUACCAGGCAAAUAUGGAAACAUUUUCCGGGAAACGAUUAAGGCUCGAGAUGGAGUUGCGAGAAGAUAUUUCGAUACGCAAAAAAGCACCUACCAGGAAGGUCGUGUACGGGGCUUGGUUGACGUCUGCUUAAAAUUACAGCACGAGGAGAUGCAGACGAAAGGUGAAAGUUGGCUAACAGACGACUAUAUUAAAGGUCUUAUGUACGACACUGUAGCAGCAGGAAUGUCGGAGAUGAUGAAAAGCGUACGCAUGCUUAUUUUACUGAUGUGCCAUCACCAAAAUGUUCAGUCACGUGUUCACACAGAAAUCGAUGACGUUAUAGGUACGUCAUCUAUCCCAUGCUCCUCGCACCGGAACCAGAUGCCAUACACGGAAGCAGUCAUAAUGGAAAUGUUGCGAUACGUCAGUCAGACGCCAUUGGCUAUACCCCACAAAAGCAACAAAGAUGUCGUUCUUGAUGGUCAUUUAAUUGAAAAAGAUUCCGGGAUUUUUCCCAACAUAUGGGGUAUUCAUCACGAUGAGGCAGUAUGGGGCGACCCUUGGGUGUUUAGACCAGAAAGGUUUUUAACGGAGGAUGGUCAGCUUUUACCAGCAGAUCAUCAGUUGAGGCGAACGUUAAUACCUUUCUCUGUUGGUAAGAGACGUUGUCCUGGUGAAGAUUUUGCAAUGUCAAGGUUAUUUCUCCUACUGACGUCAAUGUUACAGAGAAUAGAGUUUACGCCCCCUGUCGAAGAGGAACUUCCUUCGGCAGAUCCUAGGCUUUAUACGAACAAAUACCCCUUACAGUUACCGGUGUUUACGUGCAGAGCAGUACCAAGGGAGACAAUUUGAGAAACAAUAAUUGUACUCUCUAAUACGGAGUUGCGUUUUGUCAUUGGCGGAAGUGGAGUUGCAGACGGCGUUUUGGCGGGCAUUUUUUUCUGAGAAUCAAAAUAAAUGUUUUUAUAUUGAACGUUCUCUGAUCUCGAACACAGCUUGAAAGUCUUGAUGGCGACUUUUUUUUCUAAAAAGUAUUAUUGUUUGUCAUUAUAUUUAUAAACAUUACUGAUGCAUUCAACUACGCAUUUUUUUGUCUUACGUUUUUGUGUCUAUUUAUUUAUGUGUUUACUGCAUGAUUUUAUAUUUGCUGUAUUAUAUGCUAACUUGUCGGAAUGUUUCUGCUGAUUUCGUUUGUUAACUUUAUGAAUGCAUAUCUCCAGAUUUAUUUUAAAAUCGGGAAAACUGGAUUUUUAAAAAACGUUGGUCUACAUUUCCUUUUGUGUGGUUUUUAACAGGUAAAGAGUUAUAUUUCAUUAAAAAAAUUCCGUUUAUAGUUACUAAGACUAAAGAAGAGAUAUUUAUUUUAUUAAAUAUUUUGUUUUAUUUUAUAAGCAGUUUGUGUAUGUCCAACAUUGUUAUUGAAAUGUAUUAAAAUCAAAAUGACUUAAAACAGUCAAUGCAAUGAUUUUUAAACAAUGAUAUUAAUGGCAUAUUGUCAUUUAUAGAUAUAUUUUAAUACAAACAUAUAGAUCUACUUAAGUAAGUAAUUCAAUACAUAUUUUAAAUAAAUCUGGAGAAAUGCUGUUUAAAGUUUUGUUUUCGGAGCAGAAACACCCGCUUAAAGUUUGUACAGCUUAGCAAUUUGGUACACUUGUUUGAAUAAAAUGACUUCCUAGGUAGGGUUUUUUAUUUCGAAGUUAUCAAAUUGAAAAUAAACAAAAAAACCCUUAAAAUAUCAGUGUUGUCACCUUUUAAUCAAUAAAAGAGGAUAAUUAUAUUGAUAACUUGAUUUUGUCAAGGAAAUACAUGCAUGUGUACUAAUUAAAGAUGUACUGUGUUAUUUGUAAUUUUUAAAUGUUUUUUAAAUGCCAUGUCUUGGGCAAUAAACAGUAAAAUGUGUAAAAAUUC